AUGGGCCGCAAAUUCCGGAGUUUUCUCUCUCAUCUGGCGGUUCUCGGUUCCCUUGGCAAGCACGCGUCAGCUGCACCAAGUUCGUCCACGAAUCAAGCCUGCGAAGAGCUUUCGACAACGCUCGCUGGGAGAACAUCAUUUCCUCUUAGCCUUUCCUAUCAUUCUGAAACCACGGCUUACUGGUCCACCAUUCUUCGUGAACUGAAGCCAGCAUGUGUUGUUCUCCCGGAGUCGGCUGAAGAGGUUUCCAAGGCAGUUACUGUCCUGAACAAAUGUCCUGAUGUGAAGUUUACUGCGAAAAGCGGUGGACAUGAUCCCAAUGCUGGACAUGCUACCGUCCAGGAUGGAGUGCUGAUCUCACUUGAGAAAAUGUCAGGGGCAACAUAUGACUCAGCGACAAACCUCGCAUCCAUCAAACCCGGCGGUGAGUGGAACGAUGUGAUCUCCAGUCUGAAUGAGCACGGAGUCACUGCUGUUGGGGGUCGGCUUGGCAUCGUUGGCGUGGGUGGCUUCCUGGUGCAGGGCGGGAUCUCAUUUCUCAGCGCUCAGCAUGGGUUAGCUGCAGAUAACAUUGUGGGUUGGGAAAUAGUUAGUGCGGAUGGCACUAUUAUCAACGUGGAUGCAAACACCCAGCCCGAACUUGCCACAGCUCUACGAGGAAGCGGUAGUCAAUUUGGUAUUGUCACGAAAUUCACGGUCAAAGCUCAUCCCAUCGGGAAGGUUUGGGGAGGGGUACGCAUCUAUGAUGCAUCCCAGACAGACAAGAUCUUCAAGACGCUUCAUGACUUUGUCCCUGGGAGCAACAAAGACACCAAAGCCGCAAUCAUUGUUACAAACAUAUCAGCCGUGGCGAGUUUGAAUGCUUUCUUGAUCUUCUAUUUCUAUGAUGGAGAAGCCCCACCUACAGAGGGCCCCUUUGCCGAUUUUCUCACAAUUCCUUCUCUGGUUUCCAUCACUGGAACUCAAUCCUAUCCCGAAUUGGCAAGUACCACAAAAAUGAAUGCCUCGAGGCUUGGUUCUAAUCUCAAAUCUAACGGAGUGGGCGCGUCUCUCAUUAAUUCUCGCAUAUCCUUCAGAACUCUCACCAUACCUUACGUUUCAGAAUAUCCGGCAAUGUAUUCUGAGAUAUCUAAAAAGAUGACCGAGCUUUCCGCCGACUAUUUCAACAAUCCUCUGCACCUCUUGUCCCAAUGCUCAGUUGAUUUCCAGCCCCUUCCAGCUGUUGUAGGAAAGAACUCGGAGCAAAAUGGAGGAAACGCGAUGGGGUUGACGGCCAGUGACCCAGACAGAGUUUUACUCGAGUUUCAAUGUGCCUGGGCAUCCAAGGAUGAUGAUGCUACGUUGGUUUCCAUUACCAAAGACCUCACUGCUUGGAUUGAGGGGAGAAUUCCCGUAUGGCUAGAGGCGUCGUCACAGGCUAAGGAUGUUUAUCUUCCGCUGUUUAUGAACGACGCCAUGGCCGAUCAGAACGUUACUGGGAGUUACAGAGACUAUGCUAAGUUCAAAGCACUUCAGCAGGAGUAUGAUCCCAUCGGCACAUUGAGAGAAAGGACUGGAGGCUUCAAGUACUGA